AUUAGCAUACUACAUAAACAUCGCACGAGCGAGGUCUGGCUCGACUAUGAUAUAAGGUGUUUCGCAUCAUGGCUAAAGAUGCGCGAAGAAAAGUUUUAAUUCUGCAAAUUGUUUGUGUCUUUCUUGCAUUAUUGUCAUUGGGUCUGCUGAUCGCAUUAAUUGUGGUGUCAACAAGAGAUAAGAAUGGAAGUUUGGAAAAUGAAUCGUCCUCCCAAGCCAAUGAUUUUUGCCCAGAUAACACACGGCUGAAACUUCAGUCAGUACGCUCCACGGGUCUAUUCAACGACUUAACCAAGGAUGAGAUAAUCGCUGUUCGUGACUACAUCCUGAGCCAGCCGUCCAUGAACGUUACACCUUAUGAACAAGCGGCCAUAAACAUGAACUUCAUUUACUUAAUUGAGCUGCAGCAACCACUUAAAGACGAAGCGCUUGCAUUUCUCGAUAGCAACAACGACGCCUUAAAGCCCGAACGCAAGGCUCGUGUCGUUAUUUUUAAUGGAGGAAAAGGUAACCCGGACGUAAAAGAAUAUCUCGUGAGUCCAGCUGCGAAACCGACCAAACAUGAAGAAACAACCGGCCCCGGUCAAAAAUAUCCGAUUCCGUUUGAUUCUCGCCCACCGGGAGGUAAGGAUAUCGAAGUUAUAGAACGCAUUGUCUUGAACGUAACAAAACAAGCCUUUGACUUGCUGAAGGAAAGCUUCGAUGGGUACACAUACAGUGGCUGUACUGACCGCUGCUUAGUAUGGUCCGAGUCUGCACCCGGACAGUCUGGCCACCGUGAGAAAUGGAUCUGGUUUGUUCGGAAACUACAGGGAAGCUACGUGCAUCCGGUUGGCUUUGAGAUCUAUCUUAACACACAAGGCAACGAUGUUUCCCUGUGGAAAGUUGAAAAAGUGUUCUAUUAUAAUCAGUCAUUUGAUAGUGUUGAAGAACUGAUGCAAGGUUACAAGAACGGCACUCUACACAAAGUCUUUCUCCCUGCGCCAUCUUCCUCGAGUGAAACGCCUUUGUACUCGUCUUAUUUUCAGCGAGGAAAACCACAACCCUCGAUACCCUUGAGACCACCCCAACUGGUUGAGCCCGAUGGUAAGCGCUAUACCGUCAGCGGAAGUCACGUGGAAUACAUGAAGUGGAGUUUUGAUUUUCGUUCCCGCAGUUCCACUGGGAUGCAGCUGUUUGAUAUCAAAUUCGACGGCGAAAGAAUCGUGUAUGAACUCAGUCUCCAGGAGGCUGCAGCAUUUUACUCAGGGUGGAGUCCCAUGCAGAUGUUGACCGAAUAUCUCGAUGCCUCCUGGGGCAUGGGCAGCAGCAAGUUUGAACUUGUCCCAGGCAUUGACUGCCCAAGCACGGCCACAUUCUUCGACACAAUUCAUUUUGUAAGCAGCAGUGAGCCAGCUACUUACCGGAAAUCGGUGUGUUUAUUUGAGCUUGACCUUGGUCUCCCGUUACGCAGACAUUUUGAUAACGACUUUGAGGGUGGUUACAAUUUCUACGGAGGAAUGCCAGGAAAUGCUUUAGUUUUGCGCUCCGUUUCCACUGCAUACAACUACGAUUAUAUUUAUGAUUAUUUGUUCUAUCCCAACGGUGUCGUGGAGGUCAGGGUGUCGACGAGUGGUUACGUGCAAGCUACCUAUUGGACGGCAAACGAGGCUCCGUACGGUACCGAGAUUCAUACUGGCGUUGCCGGAACUAUUCACGAUCAUUUGAUCAACUACAAAGUGGACUUAGACAUUGGAGGAAGAAAGAACUCCUUUGAGAAUAUCGACAUCAAAGUGGAAAACAUCUCUAAUCCCUGGUUUCCAGGCUCCAGAAGAAUACAAAAGGUGCUCAGUCGCAGCCUAAAGCAGACCGAACAAGAAGCCACCUAUCAUCAAAAUUUUGAACAUCCCAAGUACCUGAACUUUUUCAGCGAUGGAAACGUGAAUAAGAUGAACGUCAAUCGAGGUUAUCGUAUCCACAUCCGAGACAUGAUGAAACAAAUAUACCCCAAUGACUGGGAACUAAUGUCAGGAGCCAUCUGGACACAGAACCAGAUGACGGUCACUAAACGCAAAGAAGAGGAAGAGAGAAGCUCCUCCAUUUAUAACCAGAACAGCAUGCACGACCCCGUUGUGGAUUUCUCAAAAUUCACUGCAGAUAACGAAAAUAUAGUGAAUGAAGAUCUGGUUGCCUGGGUAACAGUGGGCGUGAUGCACAUACCUCAUUCCGUAGAUAUUCCGAACACUGCUACUGCAGCCAAUUCAGCCAGCUUUUUCCUGCGACCGUACAACUAUUUCAGCGAAGAUCCAUCCAUGGCGUCUCAAGAUGGAAUACUCAUUUUGCCCACCAAAAACGGCGCUGACGUCAACACAUUUGGAACUCCAGAUGGACCUUCGUGCGCUAUAAAAAACAAACCUGUGAAAUACACUGGUAAUUACGGAGGCGCUUAACAAUUUCAACCCGUUACGGGUCAUUAGCGUAUACGCCUUUGAUUCACUAAUCAGGCUUAAGAUUACAUUUUAACCGAUGUUACGUAUCUGUAGUGUGAUGCAUAGGAGAUCGUAUGAACGCCUGUGCAGUUUGAGCUUUUUCUUUUCGUUUAUUUUGUUUGCGUUCUACGUCAGGAGAACACAAACUUUUCAUAUCGCUUUUUCUGGAUACUGAAAAAUUUACAGGUUUGGGCGCCAUCUUGGACUGGCUGGCCACUAGCCUCGAUUUUUUAUGCGAGAGCGUUGGAUCCCGCCAAUGUGAUGACAUUUUCUUCAGUGUUCCAUAGCAAUGUCCAUAAUACCCAAAUUCACGAUUGGUUCAAGUUUACAACUUAACCAACCGAUUGCGGUUUAGGAGCCUGAUCGAUUUCACUUGACUUGAUAUAUUAAUCCUUCUUAUUGUAACCAGUUUUAGAAACUUUAAAAUGAUUCUGUGCCAGUUUCAUUUUGUCAAGUUGGUUUACAUGGAACAUGACCUGUAAGGAAUAAAUGAUACCAAGAUAGCGGCUUAUACCCGCAACUA